GUGUGCGGAGCCGCGCGGGAGUGUAGUGUGUAUGACUACGGGUCUCUGCCUAGGCGAGGACUUCUACCGCGAGGCCAUCGAGCACUGCCGCAGCUACAACGCGCGCCUGUGCGCCGAGCGCAGCCUGCGCCUGCCCUUCCUCGACUCGCAGACCGGCGUGGCCCAGAACAACUGCUACAUCUGGAUGGAAAAGACCCACCGCGGGCCGGGUUUGGCCCCGGGACAGAUCUACACGUACCCAGCCCGCUGUUGGAGGAAGAAACGGAGACUCAACAUCCUGGAAGACCCCAGACUCCGACCCUGCGAGUACAAGAUCGACUGUGAGGCACCCCUGAAGAAGGAGGGUGGCCUCCCGGAAGGGCCAGUCCUCGAGGCUCUACUGUGUGCUGAGACAGGGGAGAAGAAGAUUGAGCUGAAGGAGGAGGAGACCAUUAUGGACUGUCAGAAACAGCAGUUGCUGGAGUUUCCACACGAUCUUGAGGUGGAGGACUUGGAGGAUGACAUUCCCAGGAGGAAGAACAGGGCCAAAGGAAAGGCAUAUGGCAUCGGGGGUCUCCGGAAACGCCAGGACACCGCUUCCCUGGAGGACCGAGACAAGCCGUAUGUCUGUGAUAUCGGUGGGAAACGGUAUAAGAACCGGCCCGGGCUCAGCUACCACUACACCCCCACCCACCUGGCCGAGGAGGAGGGGGAGGAGAACGCCGAACGCCACGCCCUGCCCUUCCACCGGAAAAACAACCAUAAACAGUUUUACAAAGAAUUGGCCUGGGUCCCCGAGGCACAAAGGAAACACACAGCCAAGAAGGCGCCUGACGGCACUGUCAUCCCCAACGGCUACUGUGACUUCUGCCUGGGCGGCUCCAAGAAGACAGGGUGUCCCGAGGACCUCAUCUCCUGUGCAGACUGUGGGCGAUCAGGCCACCCCUCGUGUUUACAGUUCACCGUGAACAUGACAGCGGCCGUGCGGACCUACCGCUGGCAGUGCAUCGAGUGCAAGUCCUGUGCUCUCGUUCCCACGUCAGAGAACCAGGGUGCCAGCUGGGCGGGUCUCACCCCCCAGGACCAGCUGCUGUUUUGUGACGACUGCGAUCGGGGUUACCACAUGUACUGCCUGAGUCCCCCCAUGGCGGAGCCCCCGGAAGGGAGCUGGAGUUGUCACCUCUGUCUGCGACACCUGAAAGAAAAGGCCUCUGCCUACAUCACCCUCACCUAGGUCUGGCUCUGGCUCACCAGGACCUCAGGGGUGGUGCUCGCCUACCUGCCUCUCUGAGCUCACCUCUCUCCGUGCCCUUGAUGCCCCACAGUGGGAGGGAGAGAGGGUGAAGCUGGAGAGGGGCCUGGGCCAUCUGGUUCCCUCUGUGCAAGGAGAAUGUUUGCCCUGCAGGUGGGGGGCCCAACAGGGCCCCUCUCCCUCCCUCCUCCCCAUCCCUUGGCAAAUGGGCAUCAGGGGCUUCUGCUCCCCUCAAAGCCAUCCCCCGCCUCUAGGCGGACACAGGGGGAGGUAGAUGCCAGCCAAGGGCAUGGACAGAGCCUUUUUCUAAAGAAAAAGCAAAAAGUUAAAAAAAAAAAAAGAAGAAAUUAAUAUAUACAAAGAGUCCUAUGAGGCCUGGCUGGGUGGAGGGGGCGCUGCUGAGAGCAUCCGCUGGGCACCAGCAAUGCUGGCUUCCUGCCUGGCGCCCCUGCCUCCCAGUGUCUGCAGCUGCAGCAGUCCCAGCUCCCCACCCAAGGUGGACAUCAUCCCCCCUGUGCCCUGGGUGGGCGGGCCUGGUGUCCACCCCUCACCCCAACCUAUGGUGCCCACCGUGGAUACUGCAUGAUGUGAACCAUGGUUUUGAACUCUGCUCCUGUCCCUCCCUGACGGCCCGGCCCGUCCUGCGCCCGCGCCAACGCCCACGC